AUGGCGUCCGACAACUCCAGAGUUAAACAAAUUGAAGAAAGCAUCAUGAAUCGAAAGAGAGAGCUGAAGGGCUUGUCUGGCAGCUUCUCAUCCAACAUCGGCCAGCGUAUCUCGCCUUCUAACCUACAAGACAGCGCCAGCAUAUCCCAAAAGAAGAAGAAUCGUUCUGUCAAAUCCAUCAUAGCUUGGCUCGAAGAAGCAAUAGCCAAUAAUGACCCAUCAAGAAAUUCUGGAGACGAUGUCAAAUCAGUUCGCUCGGCCGGUACAAUAUCAUCGGCUGGUUCGAAUUCCUCGCUUCUCAGUCGACAGACUAUGCCUGGGGCAGCAGAUGUGGAGGAAUACUCCUUGACGUUACUGAAGUACAAGCAGUACUAUACUGAUGUCCCACUAGGGAGAUGUCUGGACGGCCAAGAACAGGAUAAUGCGACAUCGAGCAAUAAGAAUGUUCGAUCGCAGCUAGAGAUUUCGGAGGAUGAACUAGAAGAUUAG